GCGGCGCCGGCCCCGUAACGUUAGUUGGCCUUUGGACCACACCUCGGCAGACGAUCAUGGCGUGGACAAUCUCGUUCAUGAAGGACGACUGCACGUGCAACGCGCCGACGCUCUUCAGCCUCAAGUACCUGCGGACGCACCGCGCGGGCAGUGUCAAGGUACGCACUCUAGCCAUUGUAGAAUCGUCGUAGCUCAUUUGGCCUGCGUUUCGCCGCGCGUAACUAGUACAUUCGAUGCUUCCCGCACUGCUGCCCCGAGCACUCGUUCACCAACUUUUGCACGACGUCGCUCGGCAUCCGCGUCUCGAACGUCGCGCACGAGUCGCUGGACGACGUGGCGUUCCUGCGCUUCCACAUAACGACGGACGCGCUGCUGCAGCCCGGUCACGAGAUUGCGCAGCGCGCCGUGCUCGACGACGUGCGCAGUCUUGCCAACCCAAAGGGCGACUGGAUCCCGAGCCACAUGGGCCAGUACAACGCGCAAAAUCAAGAGCUCUCAUUUCGGUUUAACCAUAACAACAGCGUCGGGUGGCACUACGGCUGGAUGGGGACGUCGACCAAGGCCCACCGAACGUGCACCCACUACCUCGUCGCCUACAUUUUGCGCCCUGUCUCCGCGUCGAUCUUCCGCGUCCUCGCGGUGCAGCCGUCGCCGCCGUUCAUUGUCAUGUCGUACCGCCGCGCGUGCUUUUUCUGCCAGAAGCACAAGCCGUCCGAAGCUAAGCCAGCGUCCGGCGACGGCGACUCGUGCCACUGCGAGGGUGAGUUUAACGUCUCGGAAGGGCUUUUGCCCGAGACACCGGCGCCGAGGCGCAGCGCACUGAACACGCCGUUGCCGUCGGCGUCGCUCUCGGUCGCCUCGAUGGCGUCCGGCACCGUGUCGGCGCCGCGCAUUUCGCUCGCCGAGUGCCAACUGGCGAUUCUGCUCUUCUUCGUGCAGGAGAUUCCGGCGUCCGUCUUCUUGGUGGACGCGCGGGUGCGAAGCGUCGUGACAAGUCGCCUCUUUCGACCGCUCCUGGCGCGCUUUGGCGCGACGACGGCCGAGCACCCGCCGUUGAUGGCGCCGAGUGGCGCCCGCCGCCCGACGUCGCUAGUGGAGCCCAUCCAGAUCUUAUGCCUCGAGAUCCUCAGCUCGGUGCUCGACUUUUUCCUGGACGUGAACCCGCGCCUCUUUAGCUCGUACGUGGCCGUCCUCUUCAACCGCGACCAGCUCUACGAAGCCUAUGCGUCGUGGCUCGCCGAGAUCCACGGCGUCGUCGUCUCGCACUUGGGGCGGCACUCGGAGACGAACUUGACGCAGCUCGUGGCGCGAAUCGUGCAGCUUUCGUCGCAGGUCGACGAGCUGCGGCCGGUACAGACCAAGCUCACGCAGCUCCACAAGAUGGACGCGCAAGCAAGUCCCGGGUUCGACUACUUUGUCGCGCAGCUGCGCGAAGUCUUUUUGGCGACGGCACCGACGCCGCGACGGCCGGCCACGUCGGUGUUUACGCGGCACUGGACGUACCGGCAGACGAUCGCCCACACGUAUGCGCCCGGCGUCGACGACCCGGCGCUCUUAUCGCUGGUCCGCGCUGCCUUGAUCGGCUUUGCGUUCGACGCGCGUCUCGACGAGACGACGCUUUCGGUGCACUCGGCGCUCUCCGUGUACGAGACGAUCCCGGCCGUGUUUGAACUCGACGGCGUCGGCCACGUCUUUCGCGUGCUGCCCCACGGCGAGUCGUCGCUGUGCCAAGUCGCGGGCUUGAGUCACGGCGACUACGCCGGCGACGUCGACGGCGAUACGAUCCGGUUGCAGCUGUUUAGCUGGCCGCUGGGCGACGACCGCGCCGCGCACAUUGUCCGGUUGACGCUCGUCGCCGACGACGAGGCCCUCGACGCGACGGUCGCCGUGUCGCGGGCGGUGCUGACGCAGCCGAUGGACAUUUCGACGUCGACGGCCGCCGCCCGCAUCGACGCGUUCGCCGCCCGCGAAACCCCCGUCGUGUCCUAUCACGUUGUGUACGAGCCGCGGCCGGACCACAACGUGUCGUAAUAAACACGUCAUGAUGACAAGUUGUG